AUGACAUCUGUUGAGUUCUUGAUACCUAUACAUUAUGAGGACUUGGAGUCUGCCUCACACAAUGUCAAUGAUGAUGAUGAUGACUCUGGCGACACAACCACCGACAAAUACACAAUACGUAAACAAAUCAAUGUAUUAGAGUUGUCAGACAAUACAAAGUUAAAGACAUUAGAUGAUAUACAUUCAAGGCUUACAAGGGAUACAUUGGAUAUACUCAAUCACAACAACUUUGAUCCAUUGUUCUACUUUAUUGGCAAGAUACCAUCGUUACCAAAUGAUGUAAAGAACCAGGUGUUGUCAAUAUUACAGACAGGCCUGACAAAGAUACAUCCUGUUAUACAGGACUUGAUUUCAAAGUCCUCUUCAAUGAAUCAUGGCUCAGACGAUUAUACAGUGCAUCUGCAACAGGUCAGGAACUCACUAAAGAUAUACGUAUUCUUCAUUCAAUGGUUCAAUCACUUUUCGACCAAUGACAAGUCGGUGUCUGCGUCGUCAGGCGCUGGCGCGUCUGGCUCAUCGGGCGCCACCACCGCCAACUCCAAGAAGCGAAAGACAUCCAAGCAGACAGGCGUCGAGGAGAUACAUUGGGAGCAAGAGGGCAGCAAGGAGCGCACACUCACGCUCCUACACAGUCUGCUCGAGCUCAAUUUGGCACAGCUCUGGAAGCUCGACUGUCCCGAGGAGGCAUUCGUACAGAUGAUCACCAGGAUGGUCUACGCAAUGAUUGAGAACCAAGCCAACAUCAGAAGCAAGCCAAUCAAACAGACACUGUUUGCGAUCAUCAUCAUACUGGUACAGCGCUACAAUCAUGCACAGAUGAUCACAGACAAUGUGGUCCGUCUGCUCAAUGCCCACGAGCACCUGCCGCAGCACAUGGCCGAGCUCUACGGCGCCAUCACAUCGGUAAGCGAGGGCGACAAGCACACCCAUCUCGUGGCCGAUGCCGUUCGCGAGAUUGGCAAGAUCACAUCGCGCGACCUCCACGACAAUGCCGGCGUGCGUCACAUGUCAGAGUUCAUUGGAUUGCUCGCCAGCAACGUACCGGGCCUCAUGCAGCCAUUGCUGCCAUCACUGCUCCUCCAGCUGGACAAUGAGAACUACGCCGUCAGGAACGGUGUGAUCGACUCGGUGGGCCACCUCAUUGAGCACGUGCACAAGAAUAAGGAGGCUCCCAACAGGAAGACCACGCUGGACAGCCUCUUCCAGACACUGUUUGACAGGUACCGCGACGUGAAUCCAUACUCGAGGAACAAGGUACUGCAGACUCUACUUAGUCUGUUGCCCAAACACUUGGUGCCGCCACGCCACUACCGACACGUGGUGGAGAUUGCCAUUGGCAGGAUAUCGGACAAGGUGUCGUGGACGAGGAAGUACGCGAUGCAGCUGUUCAAGGCCACGCUCAAGCAUCAAUACUACUCGGCCGUGCUCAGGUCAGACUUCUUUGAGCAGCUCAACGAGAAGUUCCACAGGCUGGAGAACGACCUGCUGGAGCAGGACCAGGGAUCACAGAUGGUCGAUGACAAUGACGAUGAGGCGCUCGAGCAGGACGACCAGGGUGACGACGAGGAGGGCAAGAAGAAGCCAAUGUUUGCCAACAUUCAAUCGCUCAAGAUUGACAAGGCGCAGCUGCAGGACCUGGUCGAGAACACGCCAUAUGUGAGCACGGUCGACUUCCCGCCAAGCAAAUGGAUCUCCACAGUGUUCCCCAAGAUGAAGUCGUGGAUUGUGGAGACGACCAAAUUCAUCAAGUUGAUCGAGCAGCCAAUGGACACCAUUUGCAUGCUUCUGGGCAGCGUCAACAACAGUGACGUGCUGGAAGCCAUCAAAGUCAUACUGAAAGCUUACAAGCUGGGCAUCUCCAACUCCAAGCAGGCUUUGUCCAAGAUGCUCGUACUGAUCUGGAGCAAAGAGCAGCCAAUCAAAGAGGCUACAAUCGAUGCCUUCAACAAGAUCAUUGUGCCCAAUGACUCUGAUCACUCUCCCAAAGAGCCCUACCUUAUUGCCAAGCGAUUGAUUGACCUGACCUUUGGAAUGACCUUGGGAGAAAUGACAUCGUUGGAAGAGUUGGUCAAAGAGAUGAUGAAGAAGCAGUUCUUGAAGCCAAGCGUUAUACAUGCACUUUGGGAUAUCUUUUCUGGAAAGGUACAACAAUACAACAGCAGUGAGGAUAUACGUGGAGCAUUGAUUGUUCUAUCGAUGGCGGCCAAUGUCGAUCACAACAUCGUGGCUGAACGAGUCAACCUAUUGGUCACCAAUGGACUGGAAUCAAACAAGAAUGACGAUGAAUACGUACCAAGGUACACAUGCAUCACACUACAGAAGCUGCGAUCGGAAGAGGGCGUCACAUCGUCCAAGAUGCCAAGGAUCAAGAAUGACCAGGUCAUCUUUGAGAAGUUGAUCGAUCAUAUGCUUCAGCAACCAACGUCACAGUCGCGAUGGUUGAUGUUUGCCGAGCAGGCCAUCAACACGAUAUACACGCUCAGUGAGCAGCCCGAGGCCUUGUCGGCCAAGAUACUCAAGAAGUUGAUCGCUCAGAUCAAUCAACAGACGCUGGAGACGGUGGACAGCCAACUGCUGAGCAGGUUCAUCUUCAUCCUCGGUCACAUCGCCCUGAAACAACUAGUUCACAUCGAGGAGAUUCGUGGUGAGUUGAGAAAGCAACGAAUAGAGAAGAACAACAAUCAGGCCAAGAGUUCAAAGAAGUCACAACAAGAGAACAUUGAGAAGGAGUUGGGCUCAGAGCAGGCUGAGGCAGAGAAUGAGGAGGACAAGUUACAGGAGAAGGCCGAGCGUGAUAUCAUCAUGGAGAACAAUCUGAUUGGACGAUACGUACCUUUGAUCCAAGCCAUAUGCAUCAAUCAAGGCAACAACUUCAAUGACCAAACAUUGCAGACGACUGCUGUGCUCACUCUUUGCAAGCUGAUGUGUGUCAACAGUGAGUUCUGUGACAACAACCUUCAGAUUAUAUUCACACUGUUGGCCUCAUCACAAUCUGAGACCAUUCGCUCAAACAUUGUCAUUUGUCUGGGCGACCUUGCGGUGCGGUUCCCCAACGUGAUUGAGCCAUGGACGCUCAAACUGUACGCAAGACUGCGAGACAAAGAUGUUUCGACCAGGAACACAACGCUGAUGGUUCUUACACAUUUGAUCUUGAACGACAUGGUCAAGGUGAAGGUAUCGAUCAGUGAGCUGGCGCUCUGUCUCGUCGACACGGACCAACGCAUCGUCUACAACGCCCGUCUGUUCUUUAACAGUCUCAGCUCAAAGGGCAACACACUAUACAACAUCCUACCAGAGGUCAUCAGUAGGCUUGCGAUCGACAGUGGCGUCAACGUCACCAACGAAUCAAUCAGAGACAUACUCAAAUACCUCUUCUCCUUCAUCCAGAAGGAGAAGCUCAAUGAGAACCUGGUCGAGAAGAUGUGCCAUCGUUUCAAGAUUGCCAAAGAUAUUGCCGAAUCCAGGAACAUUGCAUUCUGUCUACAACUGCUUAGCUACAGCGAGAAGUCUUUGCGCAAGCUAUUGGACUCGUACAAGGUCUAUCAGGACAAGCUGGUAGAUGAAGAGGUGUCUCAACUGAUGAGUGCGAUCAUUACAAAAGCAAAGAAGGGUGUUGGAGCCAAGCCGGCGGAAUGGAAGCAGCUCAUUGAUGAGCUGGAGAGAAAGCUUACCAUUCACACAGAGAAUGAGGAUGACCAAUCACCAUCUGUGGCAGCUCCCAGCACAGGCACACAGGCAUCACGACCAAAGAGAGCGGUGACAAAGGCAAAGACAAAGGCAAAGGCAAAGUCAAAGAAGGACGAUGACGACGACGAUGACGAUGAGGAUGAGGAAGAGAGCAGCGACCAAUCGAUGGCCGAUGAUGAAGAGGAUGACGACGACGAAGCAGUGGCUCCAUCAAAGCCAACACCAGCUGUGACAAAGGCCAAACCACCUCCAGCAUCCAGAAAGAAGCCGGCUGCUGCGCCAAAGAAGAAACCCGCUGCGCCUGCGCCAGCCACCAGGAAGAAGCCCGCCGCCAGAAGAAAGAAACCGGUGGAAAGCGAAAGCGAGGAGAGUGAGGAGAGCGACGAAGAUAUGGACAGUGAAAGCAGCGAGAGUCAGAGCGAGAGCGAAGACAUGGACAGCGACAAUUAA